AUGGGAGAUUGCUGCAAUGUAACUCACACCCAGCUCAACCAGAAGCAGCACUCCUUUUCCAUCCACAUGGGAGAAGGGGUCAGCCUUGAGCUCUCUACCCACAAGGACAUUGUCUCUGUUAAGAUCCUUCAUGGAAGUUCUCCUGCGGUGGAUGCGUGGUUUGGCAGCAGCUCUGGCUUGAUGGGGAGCUUCCAUGAGAGCAAGACCUUGGCCCGUGACGGUGUCGCUCUCUUGGAGGAUCCCAAUGAGCUGGGCCAGGAGUGGCAGGUCUUGGAUAGUGAUCCCAAGCUCUUCCAAAACCCCGAUCGUUCUCCCCAGUUUCCAGAGAAGUGCCGCCUCCCAGAUGCUGAUGCUGCUGCCCAGGAGCGUCGUCUUCUCGGGGGAGCUGUAUCCAGAGAUGAAGCAGCAGAGGCCUGUGCCCAUUGGAAUGAGGACGAGAGGAAGAACUGCAUUGCCGAUGUCCUUGCCACCAAUGAUUUGGAACUUGCUGAGUUCAAUGGAUACUAG